GGCCGGGUCCUCCUUUCCCUAUUUGGAAGAAGGCAAAGCGCAGCCUUCCUUCCCUGUCAACGAAACCGCGCGCGCUCACGAGCUGUGCACGGGGUCUCCCGCCCCGCGGCUCAACCGUCGAGCAGUGGGCCCGCCACCAUUUUGUUCCUUCCUUAUUGACUCAGCUGCCUGUGGGAGGUGAGGCGACCGCUUCGCCGGACUAUGGCGUCGCCUAACCUGGGAGGAGCUCACCGCAGCCUGAGGAAGCCCAGAAACCUCACAGGCGAGAAGAAUCGGCGGAGGUGAGAUCCAGCCCGCCAUGGAGCCGAGCGGGCAGCGGGGGCCGGCGAGCUCUCGCCUCGGCUCUCGCCCGCCCUCUUUGCCGCAGCCCCCGCCUGACGCCCCGUUUUCGUGGGCGCGGCUCUUCUCUCAGCUGGUGCAGCGGUUCCUGCCGGGGCCGUCCAGCCCUGACUUUCUGCUGAAGGCCGAGGCCCACGCGGUCGACCCGCAGCCUGCCUUGCCCGCGUGGGGAGCUGCCGGGCUGGCGCCGCUUGUUCUCCAGCCCCGCUUCGGCUUGCUCUCCUCCUCCUCCUUCGUUUUCGGUGGCGUCGACGGGACCCAGUUGCCUGGGCUGUCCUUGAAUGCCUCUUGGCAGGAGCUGUCCGACCACCAGCAUGUUCGCUCUAAGCUGCACGACAUUUUGCGGCAGGUGCACCUGCAGGGCAGCCAGGCCGGCCUGGAUCUUCCCGACCCGGAUUAUGGGUAUCAUAGCUUGGAGGAAGAGCAGCAAAGGGAGACCCGGCUGCAGAAAGAACACGAGGGGGUGUCGGUGGGCUGUUGCCAGCCGGAUCCGGGAAACACGCGUGGGUCUCCCGCUGCAGGGGGUCCCUGCGAGGAGGCGGGAGUCGAGGCCAGAUCCAGCUUUGGGGAGGACUCUGAUUUCGAGCCAGACUUGCUGCCAGUGGAGGACAGGCCGGCAUGCGCUAACAAGCUGAUCGACUACAUCCUGGGGGGCGCCUGCAGCGGGGAGGAAAGCGAGGGGGAGGACGAUUGGGAUGGGGACAAGGAGGACGAUGAUGGGUUUGACAGUGAAGGUUCCCUUUCGGAAUCUGAUACGGCCAGCCAGGAGGAGGAGAGUGUGCUUUUGUGGGACUCCUUUGGUAGUUUAGAUCCCUACAAUCCUCAGAACUUCACAGCUGUUAUUCAAACUGCUGGGUAUGAAGCCAAAAAAGAACCUCCUGCUGAGCCAAAUAAGACAGAAGAUGUGGAGGAUUCUUCCUCUUGGACGGAAAGUUCAGGGGAAGAAGAUGACUGGGAGUCUGGCUGCCUAGAUGAACCUGAAAACCUGAAGUUGUGGAACUCUUUCUGUAAUUUAGAGGACCCUUAUAAUCCUUUCAACUUCAAGGCACAAUUUCAGACUGCAGAGAAGAAAAGCAAGCACGUUUUAAAAGAACCGACAGGAAUGUGCCUUGACCUCUCUCACCAUAGUGUCUACCUUAGUCAUCAAGUGCAUGUGCUUGAUAACCAUGAGCCUGAGAUUAAGGAAAUUGUGAAGCAUGGCAUCCUUUCUAGAGAAAAGUGCAAGAAGAAGAAAAAGGUGACUUUCUUAGAAGAAGUUACUGAGUAUUAUGUGAGCAAUGAAGAAGAUCGCAAAGGACCCUGGGAAGAAAUUGCACGUGAUGGUUGCAGAUUCCAUAAACGAAUUCAAGAAACUGAAGAUGCUAUUGGGUAUUGCUUGACAUUAGAGCACAGACAGCGAAUAAUGCAAACGCUCCAGGAAAUGUGUUACAGAAAGCUUGAUGUUUUUUAGCACCUUAAUAAACUCUAAAAAAAACCUAACACAUUUAAUGAUACUCAUGAACAUCUUGCAGAAGAUCACUUUUUCUAAUAAAAUGGCAGCUGCCUACAAAGAUCUAAAACUGGGGAACAGGAAUUAUUAGUACUUCAUUCUAGUACUCUGCCAACAAAUGUGUGUUUAACUGGGUGUGAUAUUGAAAUAAACUAUGUUGGGUAAUAUCAAGUGCAUCACUAUUCCUUUGUAAAACAGAGUGUCUGUUUUUGGCUGGAACCAGUCCAGAGAUGCCCCCUUUGCCAUAUAUAAGUAGAGUUUUGCACUUUUUAAAAGGGAAAAUAUUUUGAAAGUGUAUUUAUUGGGUUUGAAGCCCAGCUAUGAAGUUUUGAUUUAAAGUUUGUAAAUAAUGGUAUUUUCUAAUUUUCUUUGAACUCACACACAAUAGAAAAUUGAAAUUUUAUUAUUAUUCCUGUGUCUGAAAUAAAUUUAAUUUUCCAAUCUUGAAUCUAAUGUUUUCUAACGCUUUACAUAGGUAUGUCAAAAAGGCUAAAAUUUAUGUAAUUUGUUACAUAUUUGAUUGUAUAGGUAUUGUUUCAAACUACAUGUAAAACUUUCAUAUUGUCCUUUUAUUGCCCAUAGAUACUCUGUAGUCAGUUUGUAAAUUGCAGCAUGUUGGUCUGCUAUGAAAGCAGUCUGAGUUAGGCUGCCGUGACAGUAAAUAACAGUAUAGUAUGAAGCCAAAAAACCCCUUCAUAGUCAGCAAAUAUCUGGCAGGAUAUUGCACAGUGUUCCACUCUUAAGCAUGGCUUACUGAAAGUCUGCAGCAGUUCUACAUGUUGUUUUAUUAUUACUCAUAUACUUGAAAAUACCUAGGCACUAUAGGAAGCAUAAACAACUGAAAUCAAUCUGCUUUAGUACUCAGUUGUGCCCAACUUCAUGGAAAAUACAAGUGUUAGCUGCUCAAGAUUUGUAACAACAGCUGUUUACCCAAAAUCAGUGUUAAAUUAUAUAGUAAUAUUAUUUUCAAAUAUAAUAUGGACAUUUAUCCUCAGUGCAUUAAUUUGGUAUCUUUCAAACUAUACUGUUAGAGAACUAAACGUUGGAAACAGGUUUGGAUUAGUAGCAGUAUUUGGAUUAUCCCAUUAUUUAAAAGGCACAAGUAAGCAUUUCUAAAGAGCAUAACAUAUAACUUUUGGUUCAGUAUCAUCUGUAGCUCUGUUCUUCAGCACUGAGCAGGGCUUGUACCUGUUACUUCAGUAUUUUGUAACUCAAAAGAUAAACAGGCACUAGACAGAGCUCAACUCUUUAGUUACUCUUAACAGAAACAUCACAUUGGAACCUAAAUUGGAACCUUCUUAUUUUUAUGUAUUCCCUGUCUCUUGUUUCCCUACAUUGUAAUAGGAAUCAUGCAUUUUUUGCUUUUGCUCGUAGAAAUAGCUCAUUCAGCUUUUUUUCAACUCCAUAGUGCCAGUAGAGAUAUUGCUGUUCAGUUUUGACUGUUGCAAUACAUUGUUUUCAAAAACAAUGCAAACAGAUCAAACAUGGGUUUUUGAUUACAGGGAAGAAACAAAUGGCUUGGAUGCACUGGAGAGGAUAAAGGGGGUAUUUUUAGUUGCAGCAGGAAGAGGGAAGGUGAAAAAAUCCAAGCACUAUAAACAGUAAUUCUUUGGUCUGCCCAAAUAGUCCAGGGGAUCCAUCCCAGUGUGUGCCUGCUUUGAUGGGGAUGUAGCUUCCUUUUGACAGAAUCUUUGAUUUUAGAUCAUGGUUUUUCUGAAAGGGUAUUCUUGCUGGAGUGCACUGCUGUAGAACUUCACUGAGCCAUAUUGAGAGUUGGACUUAGGCCCACUUACUUGAGAAUGAGUCUCACAGCUCCAUGUAAAUGUGCAUAGGAUACAAAAAUGGUUAUACUGAAAAUGCAGACUCUUGCCACUGUAAGUAUUGUCUCUUCCUUGUCAGCUACAGAGUAAUAAAAAACAGGUCUGGCCUCCAAUUUGAAGCCUUAAAACCCAAGGUAUGUAAUUUUGAAAUAUAAUUGUUUCAUCCUCAGAUAGUUUUUCCUGUGUAAAUAGUUAAUGGUGCUAAAUGUGGCAAUGAAGGAUGUGUUUCAGGAUCAUUUGAGUAGAGAGAUGUGAAAAUCCAGUACUUACAGACUUUAAAUCAAAACUGCUAUUGAGAGUUUUAUUUUUAUAUCGUUUUAGGAAAUCAAAAGUAGAACCUAUCAAUCUUAUAAAUUCACUUUAUACAGAUUUAAAUAAAUUGGCUUGCAUUUUAUUGAGUUUUUAUAUUUAAAGCCAUUUCUGUAAAUACUUAUUUAAAAUUAAUCUGUUAAAUAUAAUAAAGAGACUUUGAAAGUUAUGUUCCUAUUAUCUGUAAACUUAUGUGUAGUUAAUGUAAUGGUGCUGUGUUGAAUGUUGUUGCUAAGCUCAUGCAGUGUUAAAUAUUUCAUUAGCUGAAGAGUUAAACAGGUUUAGACUAGAUGAGCCCACAGCAAAGCAAUGCUAGAUGGGGAAAAUGGCACUGAAACAUCUGUUUCUAUAUGAGUAUCCAGACCUUCCUUGUACAAUCACCCACCCUGCCCACCUAAAACAUUUUGAAGUACUGUAAGCAGAACAAAAAUCUGAGAAGAUAAAUUGUCCCAAAAAACCAAAUGAGGCAGGUUUCAUUUGACUUGGGUUCUGCAUAUUUUUCCAUCUUAUAAUCAAUUCAAAUUAAACAGCUGUGCAAAUAUAAGACACCUUUAUACAUAUCUUUGCAGCCUGUAUAUGAUUUAACGUUCUGUUGUAAUCCUUAGCUCUACUGUCAUUUGUAUGGUGGCUUGAAACCAUUAUCACUUCUGAAGAGACUUGCUGCACAAACCUGACCUAUUUUGCUGACUUCUGAUGUCCUUGCUUCCUGGAGAAACCAUGUUUUAUAUAAUGGGAACAUAUGUGUGAGGAUUACAAAUGGUAUGGAAUCCUGGAAAAAUUUGGUUAGUGUUCUCCGUACCUGCUGACAAAGAGCUUCUAAAGUAUCAAUCUGAUCUUAAUAGCUGUAGGGGUUUGGGGCAGGCAGGGACUGGAUAAUUGGAGAAAUGGAGUUCUUGCAGCCCAAUCCAGAGCAACCAGGGACAGCUCCGCUGCGCCACUUUCAGAGGGGGCAAAUGCCUCAGUGCAUCCCUAUGUCAGCUCCAUUGGCCCAUUCAACUUCCCCCAAAGAUUUGGCCUGUAAAGCAUUCUGAUUCAGAAUUUCAUAAAGAAGUUUGUCAUCUACAGAAAUGCUAUGUGAUUAACUUGCCUUUUUACCCUGUUUCUUAGUGCCUCCAUCUGGUCCUAGAUGAAAGAGCUACAUU